GUAGCCACUGUCUGAUAAAAAGUAACAGAAACACCAGACAUUGGCUGGUUUUUCCUUCGUUAUAUAUUUGUUUUGUAAUCUAAAUUAUCUAUUUGCAGCUGGUAAAAGUCUGAUGAAUUAAUCGUACAUUUUUGACUUCCCGACAUUAAAAUCCGAAGAAAAAACAUAUUUCAAUUUGUCAGUAAAUUUAGAAACAGAGAUUGAAAAUAAACAAAUUAUGAAAACAUUUCGAGUCACUCAGAUUGAAACAACCUCUUAGAAACAGCAACAGUGACAUUUGUGAAAAAAAUAUUAUUUUCUGUUUAAUGCGCGGUGAAAACAAUCACACAUGUUUGGAGAUUAUACGUGAUACUGAACGAACAGAAAAACUCGACAUGGGAAAGUUUAGUUUGUGUAGUGUCUUUGUGUUUCUGAUGGCGAAAGCAGUGGACACACAAACAACAAAUCAUCAGGUAUGCAUGCUAGUACCAGAGGCAACACACGCAUGCUUCAGGAGCUUUGAAGGAAAACCAAUUGGUCAGCUCGCAGCUAGAAUAAGUUGCUUACAGGAUUUGAUGUGGAACAUCGUCCCUGACAUGUCAUUAAACGAGAAAGAUCGAUCAGUCUUGAGAAAUAUAUCAGCGUCUCUUGGUAUGGAACCUAUUCAAGAACCUUUUGCAAUGCAAUCGAAUGCUGGUGAAUUCGCAGGGAGUACUCAGGCCAGGACGUCUACAAAACGUCGCAGGAUAAGCCAAUACCCGCCGUCUGGUAAACGCACACGGAAAGAGUACCGGACGCUGUCUCCUAGAGAAAGGGAAAGGUUUCACAGAGCUUUGAAAAGAUUAUAUAUGGAUGGUUAUAUUGACCUAUUUGCCAAGAUUCACGCCGAAGCUUCAGAUAAACACCACAGUGGUGCUUCCUUUCUACCAUGGCAUAGAGUUUAUAUAACCAUGUUUGAAGAAGUAUUGCGAAUGUACGACCGUUCAGUGUUCCUUCCGUACUGGGCAAGCACGUUCGAUGACGCCAUGAGCAAUCCUGUUAACUCUAUACUUUGGACUGAUUCAUACUUUGGUAACGGAGAAGGGAUAGUAACAAGUGGUCCGGCAGCGUAUUGGGUGACAGGACAAGGGGGGUUAGAGAGGAAUUAUGGCAGAGGCACUACACUUUUCAAGAAGGAUCAGAUUCAGCAAGUCUUGUCUCAGUGCUAUUUAGCUAACAUAUCAAGACCUUCGGCCCCAUCUGUCUAUGACCUAGAGGGUUACCACGGCGGUCCACAUGUUUGGGUGGGUGGAGAUAUGAGCGCUUUUUCAACAACUGGUUACGACCCUGUAUUUUAUAUGCAUCAUGCUUAUGUUGACUAUAUUUGGGAACAAUUUCGACGCAGACAAAGAUAUAUAUGCAGAGUAGAACCGACAAGAGAUUAUCCUGAAGUUCCUGUUGGCAAUAGCAACCACCCAGAUGCUUCAAUGACAGGCUUUGAAUGGUACAUCAAUAGGGAUGGAGUCGGACCACAAUGGAUCAAUAACUGGUUUAAUUAUGACCCAGAACCAAGUUGCCCUGACUGCUGUCCUAACUGCCCCUCUCCAGCGCCACUUUACUGCGAUAGUGUUAAAAACACGUGCGUAUCUCGAUCAAAACUACUAGACAGUAGUGGUCAAUUAAGUGGGGGCUUUGCAGGUGCAAUGGCGAUAAGCUCAGCAAGAAUGGGAUCUGGACAGCAAGAGCGUCCUCCUAGGAACAGAGGUAGAGAAUUUGACGCACCACCGGGUGAUGGUAGAACUGCGGCAACAGCUUUACAGGACGCUAUGGCCGCAGCUCCAGCAACGCUUCAACAACAAUUUCGAACAUUUCUGUAG